ACAGGAAAUAAAGUUUCAAGGGUCUAAAAGGUUUCCCAACACAAGACCAGAGCGGUCCUUCAAACUGAAGAGUUCCUUCAGACUGAACAUUCCCUGUUCUACCUCCAUCAAUCCACCGAGGAUUCAUCUCAUACAUAGAGACACCACACCAAGCUUUUUCAGGGCGGUUGUGAAAAUGACAGGGAUUGACAUUGAGAUGGAGUUAUUCAGUGAUGAUGAGACGACAGCGUGGAAAGAAAUAGUACCAACAGAUGAAUACAUCUCUGACACCCGUUCAACAAGAGGUCCGACUGGUUCUCCAAAACUGCAGCUGCGUUCUGUACGGACGGAGUUUGUGAAACGAGUGUCAAGACCUGUCCUCAAUGAACUGCUGGACGGACUCCUGCAACACACAGUCAUCAACCAGGAGGAAAUGGAGUCAGUGAAGGUGAUCGCUGAGAGGGCAGAGAAGGCACGUGAUGUCAUCGACAUGGUGUUGAGAAAAGGAACUGAGUCGUGUUCCAGGAUGAUCAACCUUCUUGGCGAGAUUGACCCCUAUCUUUGGUCAAUGCUUCAGAUUAACAGUGUUGGGGUUCCAACCUAAUGGUAGAAUGGAUAGUAACAGUGUUGGGGUACCAACCUAAUGGUAGAGUGGAUAGUAACAGUGUUGGGGUACCAACCUAAUGGUAGAAUGGAUAGUAACAUUGUUUGGGUAGCAACCUAACGGAUAGUAACAGUGUUGGGGUAGCAUUCUAAUGGUAGAAUGGAUAGUAACAGUGUUGGGGUAGCAACCUAAUGGAGAGUAACAGUGUUGGGGUACCAACAUAAUGUAGCAACCUAAUGGUAGUAACAGUGUUGGGGUAGCAACCUAAUGGAUAGUAACAAUGUUGGGGUACCAACUAGUGAUGUGUGGGUCUCAUCUGCAGUCCCCACGGUUAAAUCUGUGUGCUUAGGGUCAUGAAAUACUGUGUGGAUGAAGGGCGGGUGUCUGGUAGGCGGGUUGAAUGAAGUGAAAACAAUACCUUAAAAAAAUCCAUAAAUGUAUCAUUCUAGUGCAAUUUACAUUGAGGUUUUUCUUUCAUUGUUUUAAGCUAUCUGGCAGUCUGAGAUAUAAUACCUAACUCUACCUAACUGUGUGCACCAGAUGCUUUU